UGCUUGGAAAUCUCUCUCUCUCUCUCUCUCGGAAAUCUCUCUCUCGCUUGGAAAUCUCUCUCUCAUGGGUGAAGUUGCAGAGAAAAUGUUCAUAGGGUUCUCGACGUCAACGGUCAAUGUUUCUUCUAUCAAGGGGCCACGGCACGAUCAUGUGAUCAUGGAUUGCGAUGAUGAUCUCUUCGAUUCCAUAUCAUCAGACGAAUCCGGUGCGUCCAUUUCAUCGUCUUCGUCGGACUUGACGGAGGAUGCGACUUCUUCUACUACAUUUGCAUCACCACCGUUAUCAUCAUCACCGUCAUCACCGCCGUCAUCAUCACCCCAGCUAGUCUCAAAUGGGCCUCUAUACGAAUUGUCAGAGCUAAUGGCCCACCUCCCUAUCAAGAGAGGACUUUCCACGCACUUUCAAGGGAAAUCCCAGUCCUUUACAUCUCUAUCCAAUGUAAGAUGCAUUGAGGAUCUUGCAAAGAAAGAGAAUCCCUACAGAAAGAGAAUGAAAUCAUGCAAGAGCUAUGGAGGUGGACUGGAUUGUAACAGAUCUUAUUCCCCGGGGACAUAUACAAGGACCAUAUCAAAGAAGCCUUCAAGGGGCUCUUUUUCAUCUUUGCUAGCUAAGAAGAAUAGUUUCAUAGCUGGCAGGCCUCCCAUUCAUGUACAAAAGACUAUGUAGUUUGCAGCCUUUGUAAAAUAUGCAUUCUCCGUGCGAACCUUUUAUCGAAAUGGAGAUAAGAUGAGGUUAUAUGUUUU